AGGCGCUCGCGCUCGGGGUGCGGCGGCGGCGGCGGCGGCGGCAGCGGGCGCGGGAAGAUGGCGGCAGCGGCGGCUGCGGCGGCGGCCGAGCAGCAAAGUUCCAAUGGUCCGGUAAAGAAGUCCAUGCGUGAGAAGGCCGUUGAGAGAAGGAAUGUCAAUAAAGAGCACAAUAGUAACUUUAAAGCUGGAUAUAUUCCCAUCGAUGAAGAUCGCCUCCACAAGACGGGCUUGAGAGGGAGAAAGGGCAGUUUGGCCGUCUGUGUGGUUAUCCUCUUGUUCAUCCUGGCUGUCAUCAACUUCAUUAUAACCCUGGUUAUCUGGGCUGUGAUUCGCAUUGGACCCAACGGCUGUGACAGCUUGGAGUUUCAUGAAAGCGGUCUGCUUCGGUUCAAGCAAGUGUCCGACAUGGGAGUUAUACACCCUCUUUAUAAGAGCACAGUGGGAGGAAGGCGGAAUGAAAAUUUGGUCAUCACUGGCAACAACCAGCCCAUUGUUUUUCAGCAAGGGACAACAAAACUCAGUGUAGAAAAGAACAAAACUUCUAUUACAAGUGACAUUGGUAUGCAGUUUUUUGACCCAAGGACUCAAAAUAUUUUAUUCAGCACAGACUAUGAAACUCAUGAGUUUCAUUUGCCAAGUGGAGUGAAAAGUUUGAAUGUUCAAAAAGCAUCUACGGAAAGGAUUACCAGCAAUGCUACUAGUGACUUAAAUAUAAAAGUUGAUGGACGUGCUAUAGUGCGUGGAAAUGAAGGAGUGUUCAUCAUGGGCAAAACCAUUGAAUUUCACAUGGGUGGUAACAUGGAGUUAAAAGCAGAAAACAGCAUCAUCCUGAAUGGAACUGUGGUGGUCAGCACAGCUCGCCUGCCCAGUUCCUCCAGCGGAGACCAGUUCGCUGCCGGCGAGUGGGUGCGCUACAAGCUCUGCAUGUGCGCCGACGGCACCCUCUUCAAAGUCCAGGUGGCAGCCCAGAACAUGGGCUGCCAGGUCGCAGACAGCCCCUGUGGGAACAGUCACUAAAGGUCCAGGGAGGUCUUCGAUGUGUUCCUGUCACGACUUGGCUUUUUUUAAGAGUCUGCAUGCAAUUAUGUUUUUACAGAGUUUGUGAUAACUGGUAAUUAUUUUAUCUGCAGAGCACUACUGUAUCUGUUAUAUAAUCUCCAUAUUUAAAAUACUCUCAGAAAGCCUAGAUUCUAAUACCUUUCAUUACAUUGGACUGAUCUUCAAGUUACCCUUCUCUAAAAUAAUGACCAGAAGUGAAUAAAAUCAAAAUCAGUCUUUUAAAAAGAGUUUUUAAAAUUCAACUAUUUCUUGUCUAAAGGAUAAAGGGCUGAAGCAACUGUUUAGCCUCACUGUAAAUAAGCCAUUGGUAACUAGUGGGCAUAGACCCACUUACGAUGUUUAAAAGGUACACCAUCAGUGAAUGUUACAUGCUCUGUCUUUUGGCUUCUAAGAGGAAAGACAGAUUUUUAGUGCAUUAACUUCAGCCAUAUUCUCACAUGCAAGUGAAGUCAUUAAAGAACUUCAUGUAUGUGAGAUAGUAAGAAACUGUGGUUCCUUAGUUUUGCACUAGGAAUAAAAUACUCUGUAACAGAAUGUUUACUUGUUAAAUAUUAAUAAAUAUUAAGAGUUCACAAUGUGGUGAAGUUAAAAUGCCAUCCUAGCUUUAACUUUGAGGUAAUGAUGAUAGCUGUCAUUCACUGAGCAUCUUGGACGUCCUCGGUAUUGUCCUAGGCAUUGCAUGUGUGAUGUCUCUCAUUCUCACCAGAGCUCUGUAAGUAGGUGUUAUUAUCCCAGUUUUACCAUUAGGAAAUUGAGGACCAGAAAUUUGCCUGAUGUCACAUAGAAAAUAGCAGAGUUGGGAUUCAAAUCUAGAUGCACCUGCUUCCAAAUACCUUGUUAUUUUCACUACCUGUGUUGGUUUUAAUUAUUUAAAACUCUACCAGACCAACGAAGACUAACUUAAACUUACAGAUAAGAAUCAAACAAAGCAGAUCUGCUUACUCUGGUUAAAAAAAUAAGCCAAUCAAUCUCAUGUCAAAAAAUAAAUAAAUAAAGUGGCCUAUCCCUGUCAGAUUUUAAACUAUCUUAAGCCAGUUCCAAAACAUUGUAUCAGACAUAGGGAGGCCAAAUUGGCCUAGGCAUGGUCUACCUCGUUUCCCGACUGGCGGGCAUGGCACACGGGAAUACCUCAUGUGUGGGAAAGGGUUGCCAAAAUACUUACGCCCUCAGCCCUCAGGAAACACAGAAGUAGGGAGGCAACCACCCCGAGCAAGUCCCACCGGCCAGGAAUGGCCUGGUGGGUUCACCCCAGCGUGUGCCGUAAAAAUACUACCUUUUUUAAACAGUGCCAUGCCUUGACAAAAGUUGGGAAGCACUGGACUAAAAGGAUGCUAAUGCAGAAAAUAAUACAAGUAAUUUUUAAGUAUGGGAAUUGAUCUCUGCUCAGAUAUCACCAUCCCAUUGUAAUGAUUUACAACCCUCAAAUCAGUGGUUUUCAAUGUAUUUUAUAUUUCACUUGAAAGGAACUCUCUGGUGUUGUAAGACAUUCAUAAUAUCGGGGCGGAGACGUAAGAGUGGUUUGCUAUAAAGGAGGCAGUAGUGAUAAAGCAUAGGCCCCAGCCUGCAUUCAAGUGUAACAGCAUUCUGUCCUGGGUACUUUGAACUAUGUAGAUAAGAAAAUCAAUACAAAAAAAACAAUUUGCAUUCAAUAUUGUUACAGUACUCUCUGACAGAAGCCAAAUGCCUUAGAGAUUAUGAAUACUGUACUAAAGUAUACUAAAACAGAGAUUGACGUACUACAUAAUACUGAGUGCAGUUUUUAAAUGAAGAUAAAAAAGGAGUGAAAUUUCUGACCUCUGAUUGUUAUUAGUUGCAGUGAUAUUCAGAACCUAUUAUAUUCAGUAUCAUUUAAUGUCUGAAUGAUAUUCAGAAAAAAUUCACUGAAAUUUUCUUUCAGAUGUUCAGUAUAUUUUUUAAUUUUACAUUUGUUACUCAUCUGCUCUAUUUAGAUUUGUUUUGAAAACUUCUUUAACUAUUUUUACAAAAACUACAGAACACUGUUACAACAUAUUAUUUAUUAAAUGUAAUUCAUGAAAUAAUCUAUUUUUACUCCUUUUUGAGAAAUAUUUGUGUUCUUGAUACAUCUCCAUUAAGUGCUUUUAACAUGAGAGGAUAUUUUCAUGUUUUUAUAGAACUGAUUGUUCAGGUAACAGGUGAGGACACUUUGCAGGUCAUCUUUGCCUUUUCCCUGAAAUGUAGCCAUGGAAAAUUCACAGGAAAGCAGACCAAGAACAAACCAUCUAUUUUACCUGUGACCUGUUUUGCACAACAGUAAAGCUUCAAAUACUCAUUCUCACCACCAGAUGGCAUUUUUCUAUAAACUGAAAUGUUAACUUUUCUCUUCCUGCCAGUUGCCCCUCCCCUACAUUGAGCACAGCCGUGACAAGCAGGAGGCUGGGGGAGGCAGAUGACAAGGACAGGAUCCCAGGGAACGGGGGCAGACACACCCCUGUUUAAGUCAGUGCAGUGCUUUAGAAGUGCGUUACAGUGGUCAGGGGGACAAACGAAAUAAAAGCAAGAUGCUUCAGAGACUAAUGAGUAGGUAGGAAAAGGCAAAACAACACAGGAUGAGGACUGCCUGGGUAUGGUCUGUAAUAUUUAAAAAUAUACUUAUUUGUAUUCUUUUUACAUUAUGAAACAAAUUUCGUGCAAUAGCUUUGAUGAUCAAAGGUGGGAGUUCUACCUACUUUCGAAUGAGUGUUCUUAAGAGGGUAAGAAUGUUCCAGUGCUAAAUUUGACAAAAGAGACCAUUCAUAUGCUGAUAAUUUUAGUAAUCUUUUAAAAAGUGUGGAAGAGGCAAAGAUUACAAAUUGGGUCACACAAAAAUAAACCGAUGAAUCUGAUAUAGAUUGCUAACUCUGAGUUUCAGUUAAUUCAGUUUGUAAUAACUAUUAAUGACUUCUGUUUACAAUAAAGAUUCUUUCAAUUGUUUGCUGUUAAGUUUUUCUAUAAAA